AUGGCCAAAUCAAAGAACCACUCGACCCAUCACAGAAACUCCAAGGAGCACCGUAAUGGUAUCAAGAAGCCAGUCGUCCACGCCAAGACCUCCUCCAAGGGUUUGGACACUAAGUUCGCCAGAAACCAAAGAUACGCCCGUAUUGGUGUCAAGCCAGAGAGAUACGUUCGUGGAGAUAUGCAAGAGCAAAAGCCACACAAGAACCCAAGAAAGAGCGUCAAGCAAAUCUUGGCUGAUCUCAAAGCUAAGCAAGGAAAAUAA